AUGGAUUUAUAUGAUAAAAAUACUAAAAAAAGAAAAAGAAACUCCAAACUUAUAAUAUCAUCAGGAAAUGAAGAAGACGACGUAGAUUUGACUGAAAAAAAUAAAAAAAACAAAUUAAUAAUCAGCGAUGUUGAUUUCAAAAAUGUACCAUGUGAACACAACGACGCGCAAGUAAAAAUAGAGUGUGACGCUAAAAAUAGAUUUGCUCUAAAGGGGCAAAAGGGCCAUGCGGAAAAUGACCAAGUGGAAGAAAUAAUCGCCUCGGAUGUUAAUGAUGGUAAUUGUAAAUUAAAGGCGGAAGAAAAGCAACAAUUGGGAAAAUACGAACAAGGAGGAAAAUUUCCCCUUACAACCGCGGAAAUAAAAUUAGAGCACGCGGAGGAAUUAAUUAAAAAAUGUGACGACUCGUGUAAUAGCAACAACAUGCCCGGAAAAAACAAAAUGAUAAUAUUACAAAGUGGAAAAUUAACCAAAUUGGAAAAUAAGGGUAACUGUGUGAUGAAAGAAGAAGAAGAAAAAAAAAAAAACUCCGCAGACCAUCAUUCGAACAAUAGCAUUUACAAAAACAUAGAAGAAAUACCUGUGAUCCACACAACAAUGGAAGAAUUAGCAAAUCCAAUUUUAUUUUUCGAAAAGUAUAAUUCCAUUGGACUAAAAUAUGGAGCUAUGAAGGUAAAACCACCCAAUUUUUUCGAACCACAAUUUAACUCGUACUAUCUAAAUAUGAAAUUUAAUAUACGGAAACAAAAAAUUAACGAACUGAAGCAUGGGAAGGAAUUUGUGCACCCCGAGGAGUACUGGUCCUUGUAUGAUGUGUACAAAUAUAACCAAAUGUUGGAGAAGAUGUACCUACCAGAAGAAAAAGCAAGCUUGGAAUAUAUCGAAAAGAAAUAUUGGGAAAUCAUAAAUAAAGGGAAAGAGCAAGUCGUUUCUAUAUAUGGCGCUGAUCUGCCCGUAUCCAGAAAUCAUCCUACGUGCCUAUUUCAGAACAACCUAAAAAGGCAUGAUGACUCCAUGAAGAAUGACAAUGGUAGUGACAUGAGCGCUGCGAACCGGAGCAGAUGUAGCAGUGUCAAGUGUGGGACAUUUGAAACAUCGUGCCAGUCCAGUAGCGAUCAUCUGAAAAGGGGAACAGAAGGGGACAAAGGUUUAUUUCAUGAGCGUGAGUACAAGGAUGAAAUGUGUAAGGACGCUACAAACGCGAAUGUGUCAUCGUGUGUGCAUAAAUUGAAUAAUCACAUGAGCCUUCCGCUUCCUCUGGGGAAUAGCGGUAACGACGGCACUAGUGAUUGCCCUAAUGGUCCCUGCUCUAAUUGCGACAUCAGCAAUGACAGUACAAACGCCCACCGUAGAAGUGACAAUGCAAAUAUCGAACGGAUAGUGAGUGAGCACAAACAGGGUAUAACACAUGUGCUUAACAUUUCAGAUGCUGAAAAUGUCACUAUGGAGCGGGACGGUGCCGAUAAUAGAGCGCACGAAAUAAACACUAGCGAGGAUGAUAUUUAUUCCGGCCGCAAUCGAAAAACGGACCACGGUGAUGAAUCAAGGGGUAGUAGGAAUGGGAUCGACACUGAUAGAGGACCCCCCAGUUGUGCAGGUGGUUUAAACGAAAUCGCUAGCACUGAAGGAGGUAUGCUACAAAGCGUCAGUGAUAAAAACGAUUGGAGUAAAGGCACCGCCAGUAUAGAGGUGAAAAAUGGUCAUACUAGCAGUCAAACGGAUGCAGGAGACGUAAACCCAGAUAAAGUGUUUAUGCAGCAGAGAGAAAAGUACUGCUCCGAAAUAAAUAACGUAAUUAAAAACAUAAAUGAAAAUUUGAAUAUAAAAUCUCUACCCUUUAUAAAAGGAUCGAUGCUACGAAAUGUAGAUAUAUCAAUCGAGGGGGUUAAUAUUCCAUGGUUAUAUGUCGGAACGCUCUUUUCCUCCUUUUGCUGGCACACAGAAGAUAAUUAUUUCGCUUCUAUAAAUUAUCAGCAUUGGGGCAAACCUAAAAUAUGGUACGUCAUACCACCUCUAUACAGUGACAAGGUCGAAGAUGUUAUUUAUGAAUACUUAAAAGGGUGCAGUAGUCAGGAUAAUGUGCUAACGGAAAGUGCAAAAGGAAAAAUGAAAAAAAAGGAGCGCAGAAAUUUAUUCAAUAAUUCCGAUAUAAAAAAAAAACUCAAACAGGAGAGCUCUAUUAUGCAAAUUAUCAAAAGCCAGCAAAGGCUUAAAAAUUUGCGCAUUUCAAAAAAUAACCCAAGUUUAACCUCUACGAAUCGUAUUACCCCUGGAAGUACGAGUCGUUCCAAUGCUUUAAUGGCUAGCACUAGCGCGACUUCCACUAUGAUGCCUAGUAACCGCCACAGAAAUUGUACCAGCACUAGCAGUAGUACGAUCUCGAGCGCUAGCUAUAACACAUUGGAAGAUAAUUUAAUCCUCAUAGAUGUGGAUAUAAAUAAAGCACAUUUGAUAUAUAGAAAAUCAUAUCUGAAUUACAAAACUGUGGAUAGAAAACAAAUUUAUUUUAAAAAAAGAAAUCAUAAAAAUAAAAUUUACAAAUUGACCAUCCAAGUUCCAAUUGAGGUUUUCCUCAAAAAUAAAAUUCCCGUUUAUAAAAAUAUUCAAAGAAAAAAUGAAUUUAUUUUCCUAUGGCCUAAAACAUUUCAUGGAGGUUUUAAUUCAGGCUAUAACUGUAAUGAAGCUUGCAAUAUUGCCCCUACAUUUUGGCUAUUUUACGGCCUACAGUCAUAUUACAAUUACAAAUAUUUCAGAAAUACCUGUAUAUCCAUCCACAUGAUUUUAUUUUCAAAUUUAUUGCAUUAUGAAGAAUAUACCUUUAGCCAGCUCAAGCACAUCAUUUACUGCUUGCGCUAUAUACUCACUGAUGAGUACAAAUUUUUCAGGGAAAGUAAAACGUUAUUUAUAGAGUUCACGCUAAAUCGCGAUGCCCUAUUAAACAAUAAGCUUAUGAAUUAUUCAGGCCAUUUAUCGCUAGAUUUGAAUAAAAUGUACGCGAAUUUCGAGUGCCAGAGAAAUAAACACUUCUUUUUCCAAAAUAUUAAGAGUAAAUUGGACUUUUUUUACAAGGAUUGCGAUGGCUGUAAUUCCCCCACAUUCAACAGUUCAAUUAUAUGUCCCCACUCAAAUGACAUUCUAUGUAUUCAUUGCUCCGAAGAGCACAGUUGCCAAUGCAAAUUUAAAGUUGCAUUAAAAAGAUAUACGCUUCUAGAAAUGACGAAGAUUUUGACCCUCCUAGUUCAUUAUGCCAAUAAAAUUAAAUCGAACGAUGAGAAGGACGUACAAUUUGAAGACAUACCCGAUUACAAUUCUUUGAAAAUUUUUGAAGACAAGAACUCAAUUAAACUCUAUAACUUAAUUCGAGAAAACAAAAGAAAAGAUCAGGAAAAAAGAUCCAAAACGACAAAUUAUAAAGACCUAGAAAAUUACUGCUUCGAAAAAUUGAACAGCGUCAACAAAGAGAAGAACAAGAAGGAAAAAGCAAACAGUGAAAUGAAUAUUGUGUUGGAUGAUUACUACACAAGUUCAAAUCAUUUUAAGACAAAAUUGACCUUGAAGUACUUUCUUCUAACAUACGAAGAAGAGAUGGAAGACAACCCUUUGAAAAUUUUACCAAAACUUUUAAUUUAA